AUGGCCGCCCCCGGCCCGGCCCGUUCCGCCCCACCUGCGCCGGGCCCCGCGGACCGGGCGGGGCAGCCCGCCGGGGCGGGCACGGGCUCCCCGCCGGCCGCCCCGCCGCCCCCACCUGCGCCCCGGCCCUCCCGCCUUUGUGCCCGCGGCCUCCCGCCGCCCCCGGCCGCCGCCCGCUGUCAGCCGCCGCCCGGCCGAGCCCCCGGCCCGCCCGCCCCGUACCGUGCGGCUCCGCCAUCCUCCCGCGGCGCGCUCGGCACCCGCUCCGCGCCCGGCCCUGCCCUGCCGGCCACCGUCUGUGCGCACCGAGCCGUCACGGGACCGCCCGCCCACGGCCCUCCCGCGGCUCUCGGGGCGGGCCCGCCGAGCGCGGACACCGAGCGCUUCCAGGUUACGGCGGAAGCGCCGCGUUGCCCGUGGCGACGGUGGGAGCGGGGCCGUGAGGGGCCGUGA